ACUCAUCAAACUUCAACUCCAUCAUCAUCAUCAUCAUCAUCAUCAUUAUCAUCACCAUCACCAUCGUAGAACUCUUACUCUCUUCUCACAUUCUCUUCGCGCCUCACACUUCUCCAUGACCGCACUUAUCAACAACAAAAACGCCGCCGCCGGUGAUUCAUCGACGGAGCACGUCACCGGCGAAUGGCAAUCGGUGCCGGAGCUCCAGCUUCGCGAUCACCGAUUCACUGUACCUCUUGACUACUCUCGUGGUACUCAUUCUUCUCCUAAGAUCACGGUUUUUGCUCGUGAAGUCGUUGCAGGUGGAGGUGUGGAGUUGGAAUCUGGAAUCUGGAAUCUGGAUCAUUAAACUUUUAGCUUACAAUUUGGUGAUGGAAAUUACUGUGUUUUGAUGGAGGCAGCCUAUCUAUCUACAUUCUAGUAUUGACUACCAUGACUAGAGUCUCAAGAGCACUACAUAUGUUGGCAACGGGAGCAACAUUAGAUUUCUCAUACUCAGAAGCACAAGGGCUUCUCAAAUAUUCUGUUCAUCUUGAUAUCGUUACUUCUUAGUCAACACAAUAAGUUUUUUAUGGCAUCCAGAAAGUUAUUUGUGGUAAAUUAUGUUGGGAAAGCAGAGCAAAUAUUGCCAUACCUGUUAUAUUUGCAAGGUGGACCUGGGUUUGAGUGCAUGCGGCCAACUGAAUCUAGCGGAUGGAUUCAGAAAGCUUGUGAAGAGUUUCGUGUAAUCUUGAUGGAUCAGCGAGGAACAGGAUUAUCAACUCCUCUGUCUGUGUCAUCAAUGUCGCAAUUCAAAUCUGCACAAGAAUUAGCCGACUUCUUAAAACAUUUUAGAGCUGAUAAUAUAGUAAAUGAUGCAGAGUUCAUCCGAGUACGAAUUGUUCCAAAUGCCGGACCUUGGACAAUUUUGGGACAGAGUUAUGGUGGUUUUUGCGCAGUCACAUAUUUGAGUUUUGCACCCCAGGGACUGAAGCAAGCCUUUCUGACAGGAGGAAUUCCUCCAAUUGGAGAUGGAUGUACGGCAGAUUCGGUGUACAGAGUAGGCUUUGAGCAAGUUGUAAAUCAAAAUGAGAAGUAUUAUAAGCGAUACCCUCAGGAUAUUAAAGUAGUUCAAGAACUUGUUAAUUAUUUAGCAGAAAAAGAAGGAGGAGGGGUGGCCCUUCCAUCCGGGGGAAUCUUAACCCCAAGAGGGUUGCAAAUUCUUGGUCUCUCUGGCUUAGGAUCUGGAGCCGGUUUUGAGCGCAUGCAUUAUCUGUUUGAGAGAGUGUGGGAGCCUACGUUAGUUCCGGGAGCACCAAAGAGAAUAAGUUACUAUUUCUUGAGUUCUUUCGAGAAGUCAUUAGUCUUUGAUACUAAUCCACUGUAUGCCCUCAUGCAUGAGUCCAUCUAUUGUCAGGGUUCUCCUAGUAGAUGGUCUGCUCAUAGAAUAAGGAAUGAAGUUAAUGACAAGUUCGAUGCAAUUAAGGCAGCUAGAGAAGGACUACCUGUACUCUUUACAGGAGAGAUGAUUUUCCCAUGGAUGUUUGAUGAGAUUCAAGCCUUGAAACCGUUCAAAGAUGUAGCUGAUAUUUUGGCCGAGAAGAAGGAUUGGCCCCCGCUCUACAACGUCCAAGCUUUGAAAGACAACAAGGUACCCGUCGCUGCAGCUGUUUACUACGAAGAUAUGUAUGUGAAUUUUAAACUGUCCAUUGAAACAGCUUCUCAAAUAGCAGGGAUCAGGCUCUGGAUAACUAAUGAGUUCAUGCAUUCUGGCUUGCGAGACGGAGGGGGAAAAGUUCUUGAUCACUUGCUGGGAAUGUUGAAUGGGAGGAAACCUCUUUUCUGAUCACCAUUGCAACUCUUCUCUCGCUCCCUUCACCUGUGUUUGGUUUUCCGUUUGCAGUUUCCAAAUCAUGGUUUGGAGGACGGAAAACCAAACAUGCAGUUAGACUUAUGGAAUCACACCUGAUUUUAUAACUUUCCAACUUUUUAUGAUAGACAGUCUUGAAGUCUUUAUUGUUACCAAGUCUUUGAACUCUGACUCCAUAGAAUCUUCAUUUAUUAAAGUAUAAUCUUGUAAGAUUGUACUUCUUACCAGUUGAAAUAUAUAGUACUUCAUGCACUUUUCAGGCUUGGCUUUGGUUGCAAGCUUCUUGCUCUUUCCAAUGACAAUUAUUAUGGGAAGGAAUUAAAAAAAAAAGGGAUUUGUU